AUGGUAAGACGCCGAAGCCUUUUCUUUUCCCCCGACUUUCUCCCGAGUGCUGCCAAGUACGAGGCCGCCGGCGAGCUCGAACACGUCAAGGGCAUCAUCAAGUGGGGCACCGACUACCUCCUCAAGACCUUCAACUCCUCUGCCGACACCAUUGACAGCAUCGUCGCACAGGUCGGCGAAGGAGACACGUCGAAGGGGCCAGAUGCUAACGACCACUACUGCAGGAUGAGGCCGGAGGACAUCGACUACACUCGGCCGGUGUACGAGUGCCACAGCUGCUCCGACCUCGCCAGCAAAAUGGCGGCGUCGUUGGCUGCUGCUUCGAUCGUGUUUAAGGACAGCAAGACCUACUCCGACAAGCUCGUCCAUGGCGCCAAGACUCUGUUCCAGUACGGAAGGCUAUAGAGGGGCAGAUACAGCCCUGGAGGCACUGAUCCCGCCAUCUUCUACAACUCCACCGGUUACUGGGAUGAGUUUCUGUGGGGCGGCUCAUGGCUCUACUUUGCAACUGGAAAUUCCUCCUACCUCCAGCUCGCCACUGCUCCAGCCCUGGCCAAGCAUGCCGGUGCCUUCUGGGGAGGACCGGAUUAUGGAGUCUUCAGCUGGGACAACAAGCUCACUGGAUCUCAGGUUCUUCUCAGCAGACUCAGACUGUUCUUGAGUCCUGGUUAUCCCUACGAAGAAAUUCUGAGCACAUUCCACAA